AUGGAAGAAGACUAUGAACUAAUGAAUAUUCUCGCAGUUGGUGGGAAUGCCGUUUCCGCUUUCUUGUCAUGGAGAUUGCAAGCGACCAAUGCUUGCGAUGUCACUCUAGUGUGGAAGACCGGAUUCGAACAUGUGUCGCAAUACGGGAUAUCGUUCAAGUCGCCCGCCUACGGCAACGAGCGCUUCAAGCCUCGGCAUGUCGUCCGGGCGCCAGAAGAUGCGGCAACCCGCAAAGAGGGUGCAUUUGACUAUGUCAUCCUCUCGAUAAAAGCCCUCCCAGAUAUCUACGACCUCGCUUCGGUGAUCGACUCCGUCGUUACUCCCCAACACACUUGCAUCCUUAUUAAUACCACCCAUUCGCUUGGCCUCGAGUCCGCCAUCGAGGAACGCUUUCCGACCAAUGUCGUCCUUUCACUCGUCUGCGGCGCCGAAAUCAUUCAACUGGGCGGGAGCGAAUUCGAACACAAGGGGUCAACCGAGAUGUGGGUUGGGCCGGCGAACAAGAACGCGAACAUCCCGGCCACGAUACAGGAAGAUAUGGCACAGGCUUUGGCUAUGACCCUUAGCACCGGCCAGGUCGACUGCAAGGUCUCGAGCAAUAUUCGGCAGCAGCAAUACGAGCGAGUAAUUGGCCCAAUCGCAUUCCACCCCGUCAGCGUGGUCUUCGAAACUCCCCACAUUCCUGCUCUUCUUGAGAAGAUUGGAGUGCGAUCACUCAUAUCUGACAUAUUAGAUGAAUUACUCGCAUUGGCUGUAGCACAGGGCUGCAAGUUUCCGCCGGAUUUCAAGCAGAAGACCAUUGACGACAUGUCAAAGUCACCCGAGAGCAUAAUGUGGCAAGACUACAUCGCUAGGCGCCCUAUGGAGGUCGAGACGUACCUGGGUUCCCCCAUACGGUUAUCCCAGGAGACCGGCGUUCGUCUGCCACGGAUCGAGACCCUUUACGCGGUUCUGCACAAUCUGAACGUCACCAACCGCCAGAAGCCCAAGAUCGAGGCCGCUGCGCCGCCGCCAACGGGUUCGCCGAACCCCGGUGCUCCCCCCCUCCCGAGAAUGUCCUCUCAGGGACCCAUGAGACCCAUGUCGAACGGUAUGGUUAAUGGCAACGGCGUGCCACCUCCGCGCUCGCGACCUAGAGGCCCGUCGAUGGGACCUCCUCCCCCCGGAAUGCGCCGUGGCCCCCCAUCGAUGAACGGGUUCCCUACAAACGGCUAUGGUCGCCCCCCGAUGAAUGGCGGGCUGCCCAAUGGAUACGCGGGAUCCCGCCAACCUUCGAGACGCGGCUCAAUGGAAGGGGCGGACUUGGAAGAAUUCAGCCACCUGGUUCUCUAUGACGACAUCCCCGAGGGUGGCGAGGCCGACUACGCCCCACUACCGCAGGAUAUGGCACUGAGGGAACGCGAAUUUCAGCUGAGGCAAAAAGAACUGGCAUUGCGGGAGCAAGAGAUGAGGCUGAGACGUGGACCUCUCGGUCCCGGUCCCGGUCCCCGGAGGGGGCCCCCUCCCGCCCGCAGCGGUGGCGGCGCUCUGUACGAUGACGAGGAUGAUGAAGACGAUUUUGUCGACCCGACCUCGACGCCACCCGCAGCUGUAAUCGACCCCGACACUUUCGACAUGAUGAGUGUCACCUCGCGGAAGAACCGCAAAGUCCCGAGCGCAUCUCAGUUCCGCAAGAAUCCGGAAUACGACUCCCGCUCAUCCCGAGGCAGCAGGUUUCGGCCGAGCUUUGGAAGGAACCGAUCCAGCCAGGUCAUGAGCCAAGUUCCCGGCCUGCACGACAACAUCAUGGACGAUCCCCUCAUGUCCUACUCUUCAAACCGAUAUGCCAACGUGGACCGGGGCCAAAUGCACGCAGACUCGAGGGCCAACUCACUGACGUCGGUGCGGCUAGACGAGCUACAGUACAACCAAGGCCCGCCCUCCAUGGGCAUGAAUGGGCCGUUCCCGAGGCGGUCGAGUCAAUCCCCGGGGAAUCCAUACAGUCCGUCGGUCCGCGGGAUGGGGAAUGGGCGGCCUUCGCCCCCAGACGGAUACCCGGGACCCCAGAUGAAUGGGCGGCCGUCACCCCCUGACGGAAUGCGGCAGCCUGUUCCGCGAUAUCCUCCCGGUCACGGCAAUGCUGUCGCGCCGCAACAGGUCGAACAACACGCUGGGGUGAGCGCCCUCCAACCUCCAAAGGCAAAAAAUGUGCGAAGUCUGACCGGUAGUGCGAGCGCCAGCGCGGGCAGUGGUGAAUCCAACCAUAUCGAUUCGGAACCAUCAGCGCAUAGCAGCCAAAGCAGCCUCAGUCCUCGCCAUCAUCCUGUUUGA